AUGGUAGCAAUAUCACAAGAUAUCGACUUGCAAUUCUUGUCCAAGUACUUCCACUUACCAAUCAAUGAUGUUGCCAAAGAGAUUGGUGUAUGCGCCACUGUACUAAAGAAAAUAUGUCGAAAGAAUGGUAUCCCAAGAUGGCCACAUAGAAAGAUAAAGAGCAUUGACAAGAUGAUCUCAAAUUUGGAGAAUAGUAGUCCAAAGAAUGCUGAUGAGGAGCAUCGUAUUAAAGAGGAGAUAUCAACGCUAAAGAAGAAGAAGGCAUACUUGAUCAAACAUCCAAAUAUCCUGGCAAUUAAAUCCUCCAUCAAGCAGAAGGAGGUCGAGCAACUCAAUCAACGUAUCAGCGAGAACCAGUUUGAGUUGUCCCAGGUCACCGCGCCCCAGGCCAGUCUCCUCAGUCAGCGCUUUGGUCUGCUGGCAGCCGCUGCCGCAUCUGUUGUAACACCAUCAUCACAUUCAUCACACUCAUCAUCACCAUUCUCCGAGACCAAAUAUCCAAAUAUCCUUGUAUCCAAUACUCUUCCACAACAUCUCAGCCACAACUAUAACAACAACAACAACAAUCACUACCACAACCACAGCAACAACACCAGUCCAUACUCAUCAUCACCAUUACAUCGAUCAAAGUCAACAUAUUUGUCAAGUGCGCCACUGUCCCCACCCAGUCCACCAUCACAGGUGGUGUCUUCGGCAUCAUCCUCAUCGACACCCUCGUCGCUGUCCCGACAGAGCUCACACCAGGACAUCACAAGCCUGCACUUGCUGGCCAACACUGGCGCCGACACACUCCAAACACUGAGACACGCUGCCAACUCGUUGGAAAUGAAGAAGUCCUACUCCACCCCUCACAUCACCACCACGGCCCCCGCUCAGGGCCAGCCCGAGAUGUUCAAGCUCACCAACCUCGAGUUGCCCAAGCUUGCCAACAUCCCCAGCAUCGAGAGCCAGCUCAACACAUUCAAGACUCUGGAGCCAACCCUAUUCAAGCGAUCGAGCUCUGUGGUUGGAUCGCCCCAGUUGGAAAGCAGCAAUAACAACAACAACAUGGUCAUGGAAGGCGGCAACAGUGCAACAUCAUCACGCUUCUCGCCACUGUCACUGCCAUCAAUCGCACCACCACAACAACAUCGUCUGCCACCAUGGUUCAAGGAGGAUGUAGUCGAUCACCAUCAUGCCUCUGGUGCCACCGCCACCUCUGCCUCUGUACUCCGUCUGCCAAUCAACAACGUCGUCGUCUCCAAGAAAGCUACCAUUCCAUCGAUCACGCGAGUGGACCAGCUCAUAUCCUCUGAGGAUGACAACUCUGCGGUGCCAUCACACCUGAGCCCCUCCUCACCCAUCAGCUUUGAUUGA